CAAACGGAGGGUAAAAAAGAAAAAGAAAAAGAAAAAGAACAAAGGAGGGAGAAAAAGAACCAAGCAGACUGGCACAAGCUCCUCCUUCUCCAAUCCAAAUAACUUGAAAUCCGACCCACUUACCUACGAUUCUCUCUUUGCUACAGUAAGCACAAAUCCACCUCCAUUUAUAAGCAAGCAAUGAGCUUGGCGUUCCUCCAGGGCUAUUCUUCCGCUGAAGAAGAAGAAGAAGCCCAAAAUCACCGCCUCCAUUACCAAAACUCAAACUCGUCGGACGACGACGAAGAUGGUGACCAAAGUCACAAACCCAAAUCCGUCUUUGACUUUCCCAAACCUCCCUCCUCUUCCAUUGCCUCUGGCCUUCCUUCUGCAUCUGAUGUCUUCUCCGAGAUUUGUGGACCGCCCGAUUUCCUCAAUAACUGUGUACAAGAAGACGGUUCAACGAGGGAUGACGGUCCCCAGAAAGGGAGGCAUGGUGCCCGCAACGCCAAACUUCGCAAGGACAAGAAAGAUUUACCUGCUGGUGCUGUAGUGGAGUCCAAAGCUCAGUUAGUUGGAAUCCAUGAACGAGUAAGAAGUGAUUUUGCGGGUAACCAACCUCCAACAUCAAUAGUUACAAGCAUGGCUCAAGGUGGCAAGCGUCUGCCAACUGCAACGAAUCCUAGCGCAGAGGAUGCUGCAGAGCUUCUGAGGAUGUGUUUGCAAUGUGGAAUACCCAAGACCUACUCCAAUGGACGGGGAAUGGUCUGCCCAGCUUGCGGUGAUCGUCCUGUAGACACAACCAACGAUUCCAAGAAGAAGGGAUCUACCAUCAAAGAUAAGGAGAAGAGUAAGAGGAUGAAGGGCCAGUCAUCUCAUGGUACAUGGAAAAGUGAAACUGAAAUGCAGCUUCGGCAGCAGUUUGACUAGUAGCAGUUUGUUCAAAUAUUACCUGGAAUAGCAUAACAUCUCGUAGGUUUAUGGUUGUAUUAUCUAGCUGACCCAUUAGUUCAGUUGGCAAACCCAAAGUUCAUCAGGUCGUAUGGGAAGUAUUCUGUGUCUUGGUUUCAUGUCAAAAUGUGUUUAUACACUUUUCUGUUAUCUAUUAGUAGUGGUAACAGGUCCAAUUCAACCAAAAUAGUUAAAAUAGUUCUUACAGAAGCAGUCCUUAACUGCAACGCUAAUUUGGUCGGGAGGAAAGGGGAACCAAGAGGCUGCAGUAGUUGCAAGGGUGCAAGCAGAGAUCUGCAGUUGCAGGUGACUAGCUCCGUGAUGGGAAGCUUUGUUUGCUCACUUUUGGUCACGUUCUCCAUGGCCAGAGUAGCUUGGCUUUUUUCACCAUGCAAGCUUUAUCUUCAGACUCUGUGGCAGCCAAACCUUGAGAGAGGCUGUGCCUUUGAUACGCUGAGGCCUCAAACCAGUUGGUUCUGUCCUCCAGACUAAAACACGGACAUGGCAGUCGGGCCGAGAACAAUAAAACACUUGCUUGAUCAUCAUCCUAGCACCAUAGAAAAUUUGCUCCGUAAAUGAGGCAGGAUGAAUCCUGGGUAGUGAAGAAGAGUCAUGUGGCAUAACAGGGAAGAUUUUUAAACAAUAUAAGAAAAUAGAAUAAAUUUAUUAAAUUUCAUUCAA